AUGCUGUCGGAAAGGGGCCUGAAAUGGAGCGUAGGAGACUACGCGCAUGGGCAGCAAGAUGUCUAUGAUCGUGACGGCAAUCCUCGUGGCGUCGUGAGCUUCGCGAAUGCCGAGAAUUGGAUGCUUCAUGCUGAGCUGAACAAGCAGUCGUUCGACGCUGAGCGCUGCUCCUAUGGAGAAGGAUACACUGGGACUCUACGACUGCGACCGGCAAUGGCCAGACAUCUCAACUCUUAUUUCAGGCCUGCGACUGCGUUUCUCGCGGAGGAAAUCACUUUUGCAGCUGGACUGACGAGUCUGAAUGAGGCCUGCGCUCUUGUGCUAUGUGACGCCGGAGAUAUAAUCAUGCUAGGUCAGCCUGUCAUCGAUCUAGGAUACGUGCCUGUUGGAAACGAACAGCAGUUUUUGCCGGACUCCAUCGCCGCCCUUGACGCUGGAUUCAACGCUGCAAAGGCCGCGGGGAAAACAAUCAAAGCAUUGAUAAUAUGCAACCCGCACAACCCGCUGGGGCGCUGUUAUCCCAGGGAAACAUUAUCUCAGGACCGAGAAGAUAGACCCUCGGAGGAAUUCGUGUCGGUGCGCUCUAUCGAUCUCACCAAUGUCAUUGACCCAAGCCAGGUCCAUGUCAUGUACGGAAUGUCCAAGCUGCUCGAGGAUCAAGAUUUCGUUCGAGAAAUCUUGCGCAAAUCUCAGGACGGUCUGCUCAGGAACAGGUUGCUCGCAGAAAGUCUCCUCAAUCAGGCGGGCAUUCGAUUCUAUGAUAAAGAAAAUGCAAGUUUGUUUGUGUGGUUGGAUCUCAGUCCGCAUCUUCCCAUCGGCAAUACUGAGGGCGAUGCAUGGGCAGCCGAGAGGCUUCUUUCCCAACAACUGCAGGCAGCAGGCGUUAUCAUGGCGACGGGCAAGCAAUACCACGCAGAGCAGCGGGGCAGGUUCCGGGUCAUAUUCUGCGUGGAUGAAGAGACCUUGAGGGAGGGAAUUCGAAGGUGUCCUAUUCUUAUUUCCCCACCUCUAGACCUAGAAAUCCUGUGCCAACCCUCUGCUGUCUGCCCAUUCUCAAUUGCACAAGUGACACAGUAUUAUUCAAAGGCCACCGUCGCAAACAACACCCCCGAAAGCUUCACCAAGUGGCGAGUCUACCGAGGCUCUCAGAUCCACAUUCCCCUUGAUAUCACCUCUGUUGUCUGCCUGACCACGACUCACGCAGUGGCUUCGCUAAUGACAAUGACCGCCCUUUGGAUGCUUAGUUCAUUCGUUCGCUGGGUACGAUUGAAGAUCUACCAGUAUGAGGUGACCUUCGCCAUUUACAUGCUUACUCCGACCGAGAAAUUUAUCUUCAACUCCCUCCUUCUCACUCUUGUUACCAUGAUUGCUGCCGGCAUCUACAUCUACCUCCCAGACCACCUGCGCACGAUCUACGGACACCUAUACUACUACUGGGCGGGCGAGCGUACAUUAAUGACUUCACGCCUGUCCUCUAUGAGUUCGGUGUUCGGGGAGGCGACGGCCCCGUUGGAGGUCGUAUAUGACACCGCGAAGAACACUGCUGCGGCAACUACGCAUCAUCUAGGGGAACUAUGA